AUGCACACUUUUGUGGACAACAUUUUAGAAGAUGACGCAGAGAGAUCGAUUCUUCGUGCUAAACCAGCUUGCUUCAUUAUUGUUGGCAAGCCGGGUGUCGGCAAAUCCACUCUAGCAAAAAAACUAGCAGAGUCCUGGAUGUGUGUAUUAAUUGAUGACACAGAAUUACUCAACACAAACAUCAAGGAACAAACAAAAGAAGGCACAGAGCUCUUGGAUAUUUUGGCUGAGGGGAAAAGUAUUCCAGAAGAGGUAGUGUGCCAGCUGAUUGCUGCUAGGCUCAAGUCACCAGAUAUUGAGCACUAUGGCUAUGUGCUGAGCUGCUUGCCCUUCAUGUCAGAAGAGUGUCUAAAGAUUCAUGAGCAGAUUGAACUGAUAAAACACCUCAAGCUAACACCUGAUUUCAUCAUCAACAUCAAGUGUCCAGACAUGGACUUGAUCCACAGGUUAUCGGGUCUCAGGCAGCAUCCGGAGACAGGCAGGGUGUUCUUUGAGGAACAAUGGAACCCUGAGAAGGUGAACAUCAAUAAGGAGAGAGAGGGCAAAGAGGAGGAUGAUCUGGUGAAGGAUGAUGACCACGAUGAAGCUGAGCAGGUAAAGGAAAAGGAGCACCCAUGGGACCUUGUAGAUCAGAUGGUAUGGACGCCAGAGAAUACUGCCGAAAACUCCUCUAUCAGGAUUGGCAUGUACAAGGACACCAUGCUCAGGCCCCUGGAGGACUACAUGUCUGACCACGACCCCUUCUACUUGUUUGAGCUGGAUGGAAACAUUACACCUGAGGACCUGCACUUGUCUGUUAUAUCCCGCCUGGAAUCCAUGGCAGUGAAGCGUGCUUCUGUUCCUGUUCUUUUACACAGCCAUGAUGAGGAAGAAUUGCCAGAUGAGACUGACACGCAGUACCUCCUGAGAAUUGUAUCCUCCUCUAAAACAGUGGCUCCUGGCUUUAGGUGGAGAAGGAGUCGCUGGGGUAUGACCUGCCCUGUAGCACUGAAGGAAGGGAAGAUCAUUCAAGGCAAGGCCAAAUUCUGUGUGGGGUUUCAGGACAAGCUAUACAUCCUUUCAUCUCAGGAAGCUUAUCAGAAGUUUGUUAAGAACCCUCGACAUUACCUGCUUCCUCCGAUGCCAAGGUCUCCGUGUAAGGUGUCCAUCAUUGGACCCCAAAGAGCAGGGAAGAGCACCCUAUGUGGUCUUCUAGCACAACAUUAUGGAGCACUGGUGCUUGAUGUAGAGGUGUUAGUGCAGCCAGUCUUGACCAAGCUGGAACAAGAAAGGCUAGACAAAAUCAAAGAAGACACCAUUAAGAUUGCCAUAGAGGAGGUCAAGAUGAAGAUGGCCAUGGAUGACACACAAGAUGUGGUGACAGAGGAUCAUCCAGAGGUGAAGGCCAAGGUAUUUUCUGCACUGUCAGAGGCAAGGAAAGUAAGCACCGCACCUUCUCCUUACCUGUAUGCUGAGGUGUUGGAGAAGCGUAUAAAAGAGAUUAUAGAGGCUGAUGGAGAUGCGGAACUGAGAACUGGAUGGGUGCUUGACAAUUUCCCAAAGAACUACUAUCAACUGGCUGCCAUGCAGCAAGCUAGCAGUGACAUCUUGCCGGAUGUCUUAUUCUGCCUCAAAGAUAGUGAUGGCAGUGAAGGUAGGACAUUACUGAAGAGAAUCUAUGAGAUGAACAAGGCAUCCGUGGAUGCGGCGAUGAAGACGAGACUGCAGCAGAAACAGUCCGAGGUGUCUUUGCUAAGUCACAAGGAGCAGGACACAAAGGUAGAGGCUGAGCCUGCAGAACCCAAGGCUAAUCUUGAGACAGAAGCAGAAGAAACUGAUGAUGUGGUUCUACCUGAUGAGUGGGAGCUAGGCUAUCCAGAUGGCCCAGAGAUGAACAAUUAUAAAGUACAGCUUAAAGACUUUAUGACAGAAUGGCAUUUCAUGAAGCCAUAUAUAACUGGCAGCCACUCAGUGCUGGAAAUUGGAGGCAAGAGCCCUGAGGACUUGGUUGAGGAGAUGGUCCACCAGAUGGAUGAGCCAUUCAAAUAUGUGUCCUGGGAGCUGUCAGAGAUGGACAUCAAUGAGGAGGAAGAAGAUGCUCAGGCCCUUGCAGAGCUGGAUAAAGCAGAGGAGGUGGAGGAAGAAAGCGAGAAUGAAGAAGACACUAAAGCAACGAGAUUAUUGGGGGAUACCCAUCACUUCUGCCCAGUGGCCCUUAAAGACAAUGAAGUUCUUUGGCCUUGUACAGACAAAAUCGCUGCAAAAUAUCGUGAAAAGACCUACUACUUCUCCAGCUCAAAGGCCAGAGACAGUUUCCUUCAAACCCCAGCAGCAUUUGUUGCACAGACUGAGCCUCUGAAGCCCCCUGCACUGCGGGUCUUUGUAAUUGGUACCAGAGGAUCUGGAAAAACCACUCAUGGAGAGUGGCUAGCCAAGCAGCUGGGAAUCUUCCACAUACAGUUCAGGGAGCGACUCCAAGAGCUCAUCCUGGCCAAAACACAGAGACGUGUGCUUUAUGCUGACGAGAUGGAGUACCAGGAGGAGCCCUCUGAGGACUUAAAGGCCUUAAUGAAGGAAGCCAAAUUGGGGAGUGAGCAAGAGGAAGAAGACUCCCCUGGCAAUGCACCUGACAUGGAAAUUGAGGAAGUAACACUGACUGAUGAUGAGGAGGCCAUCAAGGCUUACCUGUCCCAUGGAGAUUCACUGCCUUCAGAGAUCCUGGAUAUGGUGCUGGCACCGUUUUGGGAACAAGAACCAUUCAAGUCCACAGGUUUCAUCUUGGAGGGCUUCCCUCAGAAUGCUGAUGAAGUCAACUACAUGGUUCAACGGCUGCUCUUCCCUGAUGUAGUUGUAAUCAUGAUGAUGGAUGUCACAGACAGCACGGGACGCCUGCUGCCACCCCGUCUACAAGCCUGGAGGGAAUACCGCAGCCGCCAAGAAGCACAGCUGAAGCUCAUCAACAAGCUGCGCCAGAAGAUUCGCGAGGAUGCCAUUGCAAAAAGAAGGGCUGAACUCAUGGCAGAGCAAGCCACUUUGUCACCCACAGCAAAGAUAAUAGACAGUGAAGAUGAAGAUGAGGACGAUGAUGAUGAAUCGGUAUUGGAAGCCACACUCCAGCAGGAAUUCCCCCCAGAGAAAGAUGAGGAUGAAGUCACAGAAGAAGAGGAGACUGAGGAUGCGGCUAUCGAGAGGCUGGAGACAGAGAUAGGGAAGCGCUUUGAGACGGACCAAAGCAACCUCACUACUGUUACGGACCUCCUGAGUUAUCAAAACAUCCCUCAAGUGUCCAUAAAUGCAGCACGUAAGCCACGGGUCAUCCAUUACCAGCUGCUCCAGAAGAUACAGCCCCUGCUGACCAACAGGGAAUCGCUCUUUCAGCAAUGCCAGUCCAUCAGCUCAAGUCUGGCAUGGAAGCUGAUACACUCCUCAUAUAAGCUCCACAGCGCAUUUGGCUGCUGGGACCCUGUCAAGUACACAGAGGGAGGCUUGAUCCAGCCAUUACAAGGGCCACUCAAUACCAUAUACUCUCUGUUACUCCACCAAUACAUCUACUUUUUUGUUUCCAAGGAAACUCGCAACAAAUUCAUGCUCAACCCUAUUAAGUACCUUAAGCAGAGCAAGCCCUCCGCCUCACUUCCUAUUGAAUUGGCUAUCAUAGGACCACCCAAAUCUGGAAAAACCACAGUGGCACAGAGAUUUGCUCAGGAGUACGGCUUGGAGCAGCUGUCCAUUGGCAGUGUGAUGCGAAUGGUGUUGAACACUCAGGGCCAGACAGAAUUAGCAGUUCAGAUGAAGAAACAUCUCUCCAAGGGCCUGGCUGUACCUGAUGAACUGGCCAUUCAGUGUCUGAAGGUGGCACUUAUGAGCUUGGUCUGCAACACCAGAGGGUAUGUGUUGGAUGGCUUCCCCAUGACUCUUAAGCAGGCUGAGCUGAUGGAGGCACAUAGCAUUAUUCCUAUGACAGUGGUGGAGUUGGCGCUGGACACGGCGGAAGUGCUGAAGAGGGGCUUGAUUGACAAGAUGAAACCAAAUAGGGCUCACCUGAUGCCCAACAGUGGCGAGAUCCUCCACAUUCGUUCCUCCUGCUAUAAGCAGGAGGUGGAACAUUUGAGGCAACAUUUCCAACAGCGCUAUGGGAACUGGGUCCUUUUGGACGGAUUCAGGAGCAAAUGGUGGAUGUGGAGCCACAUUCUGGAGGAGGUCCACAUUAGCAUGAAGUAUAUCCGCAGUUACCUGGAAAGGACACGUAACGGCCAAGCAGCCUGUAUCAAUAGGCUGUGCAUCAUACCUAAGGAGCUGCAGUCUCGGCUGGGGGAGUUUGGCCAGUACUGCCCAGUCUGCUUGGCUCUGCAUUAUCACCUGGUGGACACCUCCGACAUUACAACUCUGGCCUUGGCAGCAGAAUUCAGGGGUCACUACCACAAGAUGUGCAGUAAAGACCACCUUGAUCAGUUCUUGGAAACUCCAGAUCAGUUUGUGAUCCCUGCCUGUCCAUACCCACUCCCACCAUCCCAUCUGUUGCCAAGGAAGUUGACUAAAGCUCAGGUCAAGAACAGGUUCCCACAGCAAGUUGAAAUGAAGGGCUUUUGUCCUGUCACUUUCCUGGAUGGAAAACAGAGGUAUGAAGCCCUGGUUCGAGGAAAUAUGGAAUAUGCUGUGGAAUACCGGGAACGAAUUUACAUUCUUGAGACAAAGCAGAAGCAAGACAAGUUUUUGAGGCGACCGGAAACCUACUGGGACCAAAAGUUGCCAAACAAAUUGCCUCCCAUUUGUCAGCCUGUGCAACUCACCUCCCUCCCAAUGCUGGGCUACAUGGAACAGGGUGUGGCAACAGCAGUCAUCAAGGCCAUGACAGCUGUUGGAUGUCUCAAGCCAAAGUAUCCCUUCCUUACCGUACAAAGAUCAGCUCUCCUCUAUAUGGCCUAUUAUCUGAAAGCUUUCAGCCACCAGAGCUCGGAGCACAUCCGCCAGAAGUACAAAAAGAAGCUUGCCAUGUUUGAGGAAAGUUGUGAGCUCAUCCCAUAUCUGGGCUCCGCCAUGACAAAGAAGUACAGACCUUCUACUGAACAUCCCAUUGACUUUGAGUUUAAACUGGGCAGGUUCCUGGCUUUGGGAGAAUCACCAGGAGGUCAAAGAAACCUCCUUUAA